AUGAGACAAAAGCUUGCUAUGGCUGGCACCAGUUACAUCCAAGGUCAUGACGCUGCAACACUGCAAUCUCAUCAAUCUCGAUCAGCAAAGAAGCAGGCGGACUAUCUGCUUCCUCACAUUCGAUCCGAUAGCCAUAUACUCGACGUGGGAUGUGGACCCGGAACUAUCACGAUCGAUUUCGCAACGUACGCCGUGCAAGGGAAGGUUAUUGGCGUUGAUUCAAGCAGCGAAGUGAUCGAACAGGCCAAGGAAGAAGCCAUCAAGAGAAAGAUGAGCAAGGAGGUGACGUUCGAAGUCGCCGGCGCCCACGACCUACCUUACCCGGACAAUGGUUUCGAUAUUGUCCACUGCCACGCAGUGCUUGUACAUCUGCCGGACCCUGUUGCUGCAAUGAAAGAGAUGCGGCGAGUGUGUAAGAAAGGCGGCUUGAUUGCAGCCAGAGAGCCAGAUUGGUCGACCUGCGUCAUUCACCCCUACUACGCCAAGCUAGAGCGAUGGAAAGAGGUAUUUGGACAGCUCAAGAGGAACGAAGGCGCAGAGCCGAAUGCAGGAAGGCAUCUUAGCGAGUGGGCCGUCAACGCUGGGUUCUCUUCGGACGACGUGACUUUGGCUGCAAAUGUGCUCUCAUAUUCCGGACGCGAACAGGUCAAAUGGUGGGGAGAGCUUUAUUCAUCGAGGGUGAAGACAGAGAUGGGAAAGCGAGCUGUGAGCUCCGGGCUCGCGACAAAACAAGAAGUGGAACAGUUCUCCAAAGCAUACUUGGACUGGAGCAAAGAGCAGUCGGCUAUCUGGGCGAUGAUGCACAUGCGGUUACUGUGCCGUAAAUGA